AUGGCCGUCGACACUAGCUACUUGACCACCCAGGUCAAUAAUAUUGUCGCUCAGCUACAUGGCAUCUAUGAUGAGAUCGGCGUUCCGAACCAUGAGCGCGACUCUCGAGAGGCGGAGCUGUUCAGUGCUCUGUCCGAUACUCUAAACAAUCAUCUCAAGCUUGUUGACAACGAGAAAAAUGAGAUGACAGAGGAGGCGCGACAGCUCAUCAUUGCAAUCGAGCAAAUGGAGGAGUCUUUAGAGGAUGAGAAGGCCAAUGGCGAGUAUCAGCUGAAUCGCGAUGACUUGCGUAUAACUUAUCCUCUCAAACGCUGUCUUGCUUUCCUGCGCGAAAAGCAUAAUGCACUCAGCAAAUUACAUCACGAUCGCUUUGAACAGGUGAAGAAACUCGUUGUGGCUCUCGAGUCAUACUCAUCGCACCUCGAAGCUUCUUUUGUUACCAUUGCUCUUCCCCCUACAGCACCAGGAUCAUCUAUAUCGCCUAGUUUCAACUUGUCUCGCCAAUACGUGGAUGAUUUGAACGACGAGUUUUCAAGAGUUUACGAAGAAUAUGAGCGACGUUUCGAGUUUGUCAAGACCACUUGCGAAGAGAUCAUCAAGCUCUGGGCUGAGCUCGGGACCCCUCAGGCCCAAACCGAUUCCAACAUCGUUAAGCACUACAAAGAAUCCCCUGAACAGUUGGGACUUCACCAAUCCGACCUGGCCCAUCUGAAGGCAAAGCGAGAAAAGCUGUUGGAGGAGAAGAGAAGUCGGGAGCGCAAGAUCGCAGAACUCAGAAAUGCCGUGGAAGCACUUUGGGAGCGCUUUGGAGUUGAGGAGUGUGACAGAAAAGCUUUCCUCUCGGCGAACCGCGGCUGUGGUCUCCGUACAAUCAACGAAUUUGAAGAAGAAUUGGAGCGGCUCAACGAACUCAAGAAACAGAACCUACAUCUUUUUGUCGAAGAUGCGCGAUGCCGACUGCAAGAGCUCUGGGAUAGUCUCUACUACUCAGAAGAAGAAAUGCUCGACUUCACUCCUGCCUUUUCUGACGUUUACAGCGAUGCUUUGUUAGAAGCCCAUGAGGCAGAAAUUACCCGGCUGGAGGCAUUGAAGGAGCAGCGUGCUUCAGUAUUGCAGCUCGUAGAGAGGCACCGUAGCCUCCUCGCAGACCGAGAGGCCCUGGCCGUGUCAAGCCAAGAUGCAUCUCGUCUCAUGGCGCGUGGAACCAGCGGACAAAGACGUGAUCCAGGAAAGCUUUUGAGAGAAGAGAAAAUGAGGAAGAGGAUUGCUAAGGAGCUGCCUAAAGUGGAAGCGGACCUGCGGAAAGAACUGGAGUACUUCGAGGACGAGUUUGGCCGGCCGUUCCUCGUUCAUGGAGAAAGAUAUCUCGAUGAGCUCACUCCAGUCGUCGCUAAACCUCCACCUCGUUCUAAGACACCAUCCGCCGGGCCAGGAAGCGUGAGGGGAGGAUCUAUGAGGCAACAGCCCCCUUCUCGCCCUGCCAGCGUUAUGAGAGGACCUCCUCCCCCCCGGUCUACUACAAAAACCCCUACUGGAAAUGGUUCAAUGAAAUACAACACCAUCGGGCCAUCCCGAGCCCCAUCUAGAGCCGGUGCUAAGUCUCCUUCGAAGAUCCCCGCUCGCGUCCCCUUGAGUAAUAUGCCUCAUGGAAGCAACUCCCCCGCGCGCAGCGGUACUCCAGGCCUUUAUUCCUCUAACACAAUGAACGGCAAAAUCCCAACUCGUGCUCCGCCACCAAGGAUGCGAGCUUUGACUGGUGGAGAAUCACGAGAUGAGCGAAGCAGCUACUUGUUCGAGCCUCCACGAAGUGCUAGUGCACUGUCUAAUGCUUUUGUUCGGCCAGUCAGCCCUGAAGAUGUUUAUGACGAUCGUAACCAACGCUCAUUUAUGAGCUCUUCAGCUUUCUCACAGCGAUCUACGGGAUUCUCUCAAUCAACACAAUCCUCGGCAUCGUCCUUGUCCAUAAACUCUAUGGGAUACCCGCGACCGAAUCCAUAUCUGCAGCGUGCUCCCCCACCGGCCCCGAGACAAGUGUCAAAUGCGUCAACCAUCAACACGGGCAACUCUGGGUCGGAGAACUGGGAGACAUUCGACAGUGGAUCUGAGUCUGAAGCUGACGCCAGUGACGUUUACUAUGCCAAGCUUCGUGCUGCCCAUGGCAAGCGAAUGGCUCUUGACGACUUGGCAGGAAAGAAGCCCAAAGGCAUCCGAAGUGUUAGCCCAGACGAGCCAGCGGUAAACCCGAAUGGCGUCCGUGUAGCGGGGAGUGAUGCCGGAUGGACAGAUGACCUGGAGCCUUACUAG